AUGAAAUUACUCGGUACCAAUCCGUCAAGGACCAGUUUGUAUGAACAUGCGACAAAUUUCCGAUGGGACAAUACUCUGCGAAGCGACGAGUUCGAGCCGAUGUCAUUUGUGUCUUCACGGAACCAGCGACUGAAUUUUGAUCGCCUCAACGACCGUUCGUCUACUCUCGAGAAUAUAAAAGACUCCACCGAUGAACUCUAUCUAGGCGACCAGCAGUUUGGCGCGAUGGACAAUCUGCGAAUCAGCCUCGAUGCUCUGCGGAUGAAACUUCCUUUUUUGGGCCAGAUAAAGCGUGCAACGACGACAAAAGUGCAGCCGAGAGGACCUAAGAAAAGACAGGUCCAGCUCAGCUAUUACGGCGAAGAGGCCGACGAUGACACCGAGUCGCGUCCCCUGUUUAUGAAACAGACGAGCGUGAAAUACAAAAAGAAAGCAAGAUCCAUCAGUGACAAGAAAACAGCAGGUUCUGUUGUACAGUAUGAAAGUGCAAAAUUUCUUGAGUAUCCGCCAAUCUCAAUACCUCAAGCCCCUGAAAACUACGUGUCUACCAACUUUUUGGAUAAGUCUGAGCGGGAGCUCCCAAACAGGCUUUCAUCGCAUGAUUACCAGUUGAUUUUAGAAAACUACAGCUACGUUCCUCUGGACGAUGCAGAACGCAAAUUUGCGCUGUAUCUGUACGUGCAGAGCCGGCUCCACGACGCGGAGACGCCCAUCAACACUGAAAACGAGCGGCUGCUGCAAAACUACCUCAAUUCCUUAAAGAAUAAUAAAUUUGUCGAGUCCACAGACGACACAGACGAAGCAACCAGUGAGAUGGCGCGACGCAAAAACCAGCGGGUGCGACGCAUAGAGCGCCACAUCGAGCUGGACGAGCGAGUCGCUCGCAGACUCGGUCUCCAUAAAUAG